CAUGCCUCGCGGCCCGCGGCCCCCGCUCUGGCUCGGGCUCCUGCUGCUGCUGCCGCUCGCCGCCGCACCUGGGCACGGCGGCGCCGAGAGGCCGUGGGAGGGGACCGACGAGCCGGGCUCGGCGAGGGCCUGGCUGCGGGCGGCCGGAGCCCUCUCCAGGCGGUACUGGACGCUCUUCAGCUGCCAGCUGUGGCCCGACGACUGUGACGAGGCCGACGCCGCCGCGGGGCCCGGGGGCUGGAGCCUCCCUGGUUUGGGUCAACGGUGCCUGGAUAUCCUCACUACGUGGUACUGUGGCUUCCAGGACUGCUGCACUGGCGGGGACUGCAGGAUCUCCAACAACUUUCCAGGCUUGGAAUCGAACCUGAGUGUGCGCCUGCAUGGCCAGCAUCUGGCCCGCGAGCUGGUCCUGAGAACAGUGAGGGGCUACUUAGAGAUGCCCUGGCCAGAGAAGGCCCUGGCUCUGUCGUUCCAUGGCUGGUCUGGCACAGGCAAGAACUUUGUGGCGCGCAUGCUGGCAGAGAACCUCUAUCGGGACGGGCUGAGGAGCGACUGUGUCAAGAUGUUCAUUGCCACGUUCCAUUUCCCACACCCCACGUAUGUGGACCUGUACCAGGAGCAGCUGACCAGCCAGAUCCAGGGGACGCAGCAGCGCUGCCCGCAGAGCCUGUUCAUCUUUGACGAGGCUGAGAAGCUGCACCCGGGGCUGCUGGAGCUCCUAGGGCCCCACUUGGAACGCCAUGCCACUGAGGGCCACAGCACUGAGUCUCCGAGGAACAUCUUUCUUUUUCUCAGUAACCUCGGGGGCAACGUCGUCAACGAGGUGGUCCUGACUUGGCUUAAGGCUGGACGGCCCCGGGAAGAAAUUACGAUGGAAGACUUAGAGCCCCGCCUCCGAGCCGAGAUCAUGGGGUCCACAGACAGUGGCUUUGGCCACAGCCGUCUGGUGAAAGAAGACCUGAUUGACGUCUUUGUCCCCUUCCUGCCACUGGAAUACCGUCACGUGAGGCUGUGUGCUCGCGACGCCUUCCUGAGCCAGGAGCUCCCGCACACAGAAGAGUCCCUGGACGAGAUCGCCAAGAUGAUGACAUAUGUCCCCAAGGAGGAACAACUCUUUUCUUCCCAAGGCUGCAAGUCUGUUGCUCAGAGAAUUACCUACAUCCUGCCCUGAAGACUGAAUGAGGACUUCCCGGAGCUGCUGGGGUGCCAGCGCAUCCAGCAGUCACUAACUAACUAGUGAGUAACAGGAAGGCCUUGAUCAGAAGCAGAGCCAGUUCUUCAAUCACUUGGUGCCUUAAAGACCCACGUUCCACAACGUGGGCCAGGAGGCCGGAGACAGUCAGCAGGAGGCCACAGAUCCCAGGCUCGCAGCCCUGCGGGUGCUCCCCCUGGCCUCGCAGCUCUCCUGGCAGAUGGCUGGACUUGGGGGUUGGGCCCGAGGCUGAAGGGUUCUUGGGUUACAGAACAGGGCUGUGGUGGCCCAGCAUGGGACUCACCUGGGUUGGCAGGAUGGGCAGGCUGGCUUUCAAGCCACUACCCCCAGAGCAAUGAUGAGCAGCGAGUGGGUGGGUCAGCACAGAGCCUUGGGCUAAGAGGAAAAGGGCAGAGAGUACCUGCAAAGUUCUGAGAGUGUAGGCUAAGCCCUGUUCUGCUCUGCAGGUUGGAAAAAAAAGUUUUUAAUUAGGGGCUUUGACAUGACUGUCAUAAGUAGAGAUUAAAAUUUUGUAUUUUUCUAACCUC